AUGAAAUUCAGUUUUGAUGAUCUCGUGGAUCAAUUUGACUUAAACUCAGAUAUCGAGUCACAAGACCAUCAACUCGCAACUUCACCAAAUUCAUCAAUCAUCUCUGAAGAUAAUUCACUAUUCCCAAGCUUUUCAUUGCUAAAAACCAAGAACCAAAAUGUGGACCAAGUACAAGCAGAAAAGCAAUUAAAAUUGGAUGAUAAAAUCUUAGAUAUGCUUUCAUCUCUUGAUUUUAAAGAUAAAUUGGUUGAUCCAUUAGCUUAUGAACCAUUUAGUGUCUCCUUUAAGAAUAAGAGAUCACAACAACCUUACAUUUUUGAAAAUGAACCGUUGGAUGAAGCUGAUGAUUAUAAUGAAAAGCAUGUGACGAAGGCUUUACAAGAUUCUAUUGAUUCUAGAUGGAAGAAAUUAGAAAUAGCGAAUUUGAAACAGAUCAAUACGAUUAAAGAAGAGAAACGACGAAUUGAAGAGGAACGAUUAAGAUUAGAAAGAGAACGACGUGCACGUGAAGAAGAGGAAGCUAGAAGGAAAGCUGCUGAAGAAGAGGAACGCAAGAGACGAUUACAACUUGAAGAAGAGGAAAGAAUAAGGAAACAAAAGGAGGAAGAAGAAGCAAAACGGAAAGCUGCUCAGGAGGAGGAAGCUAGACUUAAGAGGAUAGAAGAAGAGGCAAAACGUAAAGAAGAAGAAAAUAAACAAAAGAAAGAAGCUGAAGCAAAGGCAGAAGCUCAAUUGUUAGAAGAACAAGAGAGGAAAAAAAUUCAACAAAACAAAACUGAUUUCAAAUCUAUUGAAAAGACGUUCUGGAAGUAUAAGGAAAGAAUCGCUAUCAUCAAGAAAGAUAUUGUCGAACCGAUGAAAAAUGCCAAUAAAGAAUUAAGAAAUAUAAUAUCACGUCAUAAGAGGAAAAUCAAUCCAAAAUUCGGUCAAUUAACUAAUAGCAAUCAACAAUUAAUUAGUAUCCAAACAGAAUUAAUAGAACUAAUAAAUGAGACGAAGUCAGAUCAAUUGGCAUAUCAAUGGAUUUUAAAUUUCAUAGCAAAGGCAAUUGUCCAUCAAGCUGAAACCGAAGUAAGGGUGAAACCUGAAUCAGCAAUACCAUUAGGUAAACUAACUCUUACAUUAUUAGUUCGUUUCCCAGAAUUAAAGACACUAUUAGUGGCAAGAUUUGUUAAAAAAUGUCCAUAUGUAAUUGGUUUCACUUGUGAAAUUGAUACAGAAAAAGGUCGUGAAAACAUGGGAUGGAAAAGGAAUUCUGAACAAAAAUGGGAAGAUGAUACUAGUUACGAUGAAAGAAUGGCAGGUAUGACUACAUUAUUCUUUGUAAUUACAAGAUUACCAUUAUCACAAGAUUUAAUAACAUCAUUUAGUCAUCCUCUUCCAAUCAUUUAUUCAUGGCAAUUCUUAGCAAGAAUGGCUAACACGCCAAUUGAUUUGCUAACAAAUACUCAUUUCGUUGUCAUUGGAGCUUGGUGGGAUGCUGCAGCUGCACAAUUUUUACAAGCAUACAGUAACCAAAGUACGAAGUUACUGCAGCUGAUAGCGAGAGAUUUGACGGAUGCUGUAGCAAGUAAAAAAUUUGUCGGUGCCGCCAGAUUAAGAAUCCUUCUAGAAGAAUGGGAAAUGGGUCAAAUGAAAUCAUUCCCAGAAAUGACAGCGUGA